AUGGACGACACCAAUAGGCUAUACGAGGGGGUGACAGAAUCCUACCAAGAGUGGAUCAACCUACCUGAAGAAUAUCAUCUGCUUUGCCCUAAGACAGAGAGUGACGAUUCCGAAGACGAGUACAGCGCUGGUACAACUGAGGUCACCGCAGAGGAGACAGAGCGAAGAACCCAGGAGGCCAGACGUCGCGUCGAGCUCACCUAUGACCUCAGUCUCUUGUUGGGAAUCACGGAGGAGCAGUCCAGCGGCUGGAAAGAGCAAUGGGUCGAGCGGACUGAAUCUUUCCUGACAAAAUGCGAUGCCUGUGUGUUGCGCUGGCAUAUGCACCGAAAGAAAUUCUUCGAGAAAUUGCAAGGCUCUUUUGACGAAGAUGUUGCCACCAUCAUGGAGAACAAAUUGAACGAGUUCGACAAGUCUCGGAUAGACCGAGGGCUCCAAAAGGCGGCCGCUAUCCUCGAGGCGAACGGACCGAUGACUUCGGCCAAACUCGCUCACCAGGACAUGAAUGCCAUUGUGGCUCUGUUCGAGGCCUUGUGUUGCAUGGCCUAUGUUGGAGAGCCCCAGACUCGGCAACGCUACUUCAAUAAGGUGUUUCAGGACGUUCAAACUCGUAAACCACUGAAAUUGGGAGAACAGGUUGUGCCGACCAUGGCCUUUUUCCUUUUCGAGGAGGAUCCGUAUCGCAACCGGUUUGCCAAGUCGGCCUGGGAGGUCCUCAAUCCUGAGUGUCUUACAGAAGAGGAAUUCGACUUUGCAGUUAGUGAGUCACUCACAAACGCUAUCCGAGAAGUAGGUGCGGUAGACCCAGAAUCGGGAACCUUGCGCGUCUCCCAGAAUAAGGUCAAGGUCUUUUGGGAAGGGUUUCUCCUGCUUUUGAACUCUAUGAGCGAAGAGAUCGUGGUGCAUUGCCUUCGGGGCAUGGAGGCAGACGUUUAUCAGCUUGCCAUUCACCAUCUUCAGUUCUGCCACUCAGAUCAAAUCUUGCUGCUUGUCCUGCAGGCGAUCGCUGCACUUCUACAAAAGUCACCCAAAGCGUUUUGGGGUGCGUUAGAGCUUCCACGAGCCCAGCUUGCCCAAUUUGUCUUCAUGAACCCAGCUUUCAAGCAGUUGCUCUCACGGUCUUUGGAGUAUGAUAGACUUGUUGCAGACGGGCACACUCGUGUCCCCUUUCUCGCCAUAUGGGUCAGGACUGUUAUUGGAUCGCUCCAGCAGCACGAGUUGCCAGACGUUUGCAAGUCUCUCACAGACCAUCUUUUCUCUGCUCACCCCGAUUUAGAUGCUUCAAGAGAGGCACAGGUGACUCGAACCAUCGCUGGCUUGUACGCCUUGAAAACAUCGCUCGACAGCUUCAAUGGUGGCACCUUCCAAAUUCGCAUGGGCACAUCCAUUAUAUACAUUAAUUCCCUCAUCAACCUCGUCGUUCAAUAUGCGUCCAGCGUCAUCAAUCCUGCCGCAGAACUGCGACCGGAAGACCGAUUCAACGUAGGGUUAUCGCAAACAGCCGUCGACGUCAUCAAGACAUCUCUUGUCCUCGACUCGAAGACGACUCGUACGGAGUGGAUGACACUGAUGCGCGGAAAUGUCAAGAUACCCAGAACCAAUCCCAGGCAUUCCGCUCAGCUCUGGGACAGAUUCCUCGAGAUCUUCUGGCCUGGUCGGCCCGGCACCGUCGACAUCGCAAAGUCCAUGCUGUAUGCAAUGCACCCGCUCAACGGCAUAGGAAAGCUUUUGCCCCCAAAGAAAGAGGUUUUGAAGGAUCCCGAAAAGAAGCUGUUCAACCAGGACCUGGACCAGACGGCGGAAGCCGUUGGUCGCAUGAUGGAGCGCCUCAGCGGCUUUGCAUUUGCAGAUCUUGAGGCUCUUUGCAGUGAUCAACAAAGUGGUAUGAUGUAUGCCAUUGUUGCAUCUCUUGUGCAUACUGAGGAUCCUAUUCGCGAGGCUGGUAUAUCUCUGAUCAAGACGAUCACGAGCGAAACAACGAGAUCGGAUGCCGUAGCACAGAUGGCCCAGGACUAUUUCCAGCCAUUUCUGUCGACCUUCUCCGACGUCGUCCGGGGCGUCACAUACGACAAGGAUUCGAUGAAACCAUUUCCGCCGAUGCCCCAUGUUUUGACUUGCAGCCGGGACCUAGUCGGUGCCCUUUGCGAUACUUCUGGAUUGCUUAGGUCGAGAACACUAUCGGGCAUCGAGUACACUGCUGUCAUGUCAUGGUGGACGACCCAGUGGGAAGGAAUGCAGCAUGCUUUCCUUCAACUCCGAGUGUGGAACGAGCAAAUAGACAAGGCAAUCCUUGAAGUUUUUUGUCGUCAGACUAUGGAGCUCGCCCAGGCGCUUCUCGACCAGGACGGCGUCGUCGCGUCUGCGCUCAGUGCUCAAAACAUGGGAAAUGAGGCAAUGAAGGUCGUCCUAGAGCAGCCACGUUUGAACACCGGUGGGAUAACGAACAUGAUUAAGCUGCGUGAUAUUUACUUGUUAGACACGACUGUGCGGACACUGCUCAAGCUUCUUAGUCGUCUGGCUCAGGAAGACGGCAAAUACGCAAUCAACAGCAAUUUGACUGGAACGCAGAAAGCUGAGCUUCUGAAGGCAAUUGGGGAAGACGAACAAAUUCCGACCGUGUCGAAGGUCGUCGAGAAGCCAAAGAAACAGAUCAGUCUCGAUGCAUGGUCAAAAUCUGGUGCCACCACUCCGCUGUCUCGAUCUGGCAGCACCACACCUGUCUCCACGAGCCGAGACAUCAAGCCAUCCUCCAGCAAACUCGAAAAAUUGCGCUUGAGCGAAAAGACGAAGCCAAAGCUACUAAGACCCGAGCCAACCAAAGUCAGUCAAUCUAAGUUCCUCGAGGAUCGAAGGCGGGCACAGGCCGAAAAGGCUGAGCGGAAAGCCGCCGCCAUUGCCGAAGCCAAGGCUCUGCGUGUGGUGCCUGGAGAAGGAUCUGGCUUGAGAGGCGUCUCAGGGGUCAUAGGCAAAGAUCAUGGCCCGCAGCCGAAGAGCGAUAUGAUGGUAGACAGCUCAGAAGAAGAUGACGAGUCCUCGGAUGAUGAUGACCUGGUCACCAGCAAAGAUGGUAACAAGCUGGAUCAUGACGCAAAACAGCGUGCACUUCAGCUGGCGGCCAAGAGGAUGGGCCCAUUGAAGAAGGAGAAGGUGAAGCGAAGUGCCAAAGAUAUGCGGGCACGGAUCAUACCACCCAUGGACGUUCUGCACCAGUCCAUCCUCGAGUGGGACAUCUUCCACGAAGGCAAUGACCCACCGAAUGGAGAUGUGUGCCUCGAGGUUGCAAACACAUACAUGACUCAUCAUGACUACAAAUCGACCUUCUUUCCUCUCCUGCGGAAUGAAGCAUGGCGCUCUUUUGUGACGGCAAAGGAUGAAACGACGUCGAAGCCGUUUGGCAUCAAGGUGAUGAACCGCAUGACGGUCGAUAAGUUCAUGGAGGUCACGACUUCAAUGCCCAAAGCACAGAACAAGGAACGGGGGUUAAGUGAAGGAGACAUCGUGAUAAUAUCACAGUCAGAGGACCCGCUCAACCAGAAAGAUGCCGCUCAUUGUUUGGCUCGCAUAUGGAAGAUGACAUACAAAAAAGACAACCUCGAAGUGGCCUACCGCCUCAGCAGGAACAACAAGAUGCCAGAAUUGCAGCCAGGGGCACAGUUCACUGCCGUCAAGAUCACCAACAUGACGACAGUCGAGCGCGAAUACGCGGCAUUGGAGAGUUUGCAAUACUACGACCUUUUGGACGAAGUCUUAGAGGCAAAGCCUUCCCCAGUUCUCAAUUACGGAGAUGAAGCUAUUGAUUCGGUGAUGAAAAACUACUUCUUGAACCGCGCCCAGGCAAAGGCUAUCAUGAACGCCAAAGACAACGACGGCUUCACUCUCGUUCAAGGUCCUCCUGGAACGGGUAAAACGAAGACUAUUGUCGCCAUGGUUGGUGCAUUGCUCACCGGACACAUGAGCACCAGGCAUGCUGCUGCUGUCCCUGUUACUCGACCGCACGAGCUAGGAAACCAGGCAAACCAGCCUCCUCCGAUGAAGAAGCUAUUGGUGUGUGCUCCUAGCAACGCGGCUGUUGACGAAUUGGUUCUACGAUUGAAACAAGGCGUAAAGACGAUGAACGGCGCCCACCACAACAUCAGUGUCCUUCGACUCGGCAGGUCCGAUGCGAUCAACACACUCGUCAAGGAUGUGACCCUCGAUGAGCUCGUCAAAUCCAAGAUGGAAUCGGAGCUCAACAAGAACGGUCCAGUUGGCAGCGAACGCGAUAAAAUGCACCAGGAGGCUGGGGAGAUCAAAAUGCAGCUUAACGAUCUACGGCCCAGGCUCGAGGCUGCCAGGGCCAGCAGUGAUAGGGACGCUCAGAGCACCUUGGAGCGUCAAUUUGAUGUCUUGAAACGUCGCCAGGCCCAGAUUGGCGCCAAGAUUGACGCCGACAAGGACAGUGGCAACACGUACGUCCGAGAAAGCGAGGUCAGGCGCAGAGUAGUCCAGCAGCAGAUUUUGGAUUCGGCGCAGGUGCUGUGUGCAACGCUCAGCGGCAGUGGUCAUGAGAUGUUCAAGAACUUGAAUGUGGAAUUCGAGACAGUCAUCAUCGACGAGGCCGCACAGUGUGUGGAACUCAGUGCUCUCAUCCCGCUGAAGUAUGGAUGCACCAAGUGUAUCCUCGUCGGAGAUCCUAAGCAAUUGCCGCCCACCGUCCUUUCCCAAUCUGCAGCUCGGUUUGGUUACGAUCAGAGUUUGUUCGUGCGCAUGCAAAGAAACCACCCUAAAGACUGCCAUCUACUCGAUACCCAGUACCGAAUGCACCCGGAGAUCAGCGCGUAUCCCAGUGCCCAAUUCUAUGAGGGCAAACUCUACGAUGGAAUUGACAUGGGGUCUCUCCGCAAGCAGAAGUGGCAUGAGAGCAAAUUGCUGGGCCCUUAUCGCUUCUUUGACGUUGAAGGUGUUCAAGAGCGCGGCCGCAAAGGCCAAUCUUUGGUCAACACGAAUGAGCUCGAGGUUGCCAUGCAGCUGUAUACUCGCUUUAAGGUUGACUAUGCCGAUUGUGAUGUCAAGGGAAAAGUUGGCAUAAUUACUCCUUACAAGGCACAACUCUUCGCACUUCGGGAUCGUUUCGCCAAUCGCUUCGGUGAGGGGAUCUUCGACGAGGUCGAAUUCAACACAACCGACGCGUUCCAAGGUCGAGAGUGCGAGAUCAUCAUCUUCUCCUGUGUCCGAGCUAGCCCGACGGGAGGUAUUGGUUUCAUGACUGACAUCAGGCGUAUGAACGUCGGCCUGACACGUGCAAAGUCAUCGCUUUGGAUUCUUGGUGACUCAAGAGCAUUGAAGCAGGGCGAGUUCUGGGCUAAGCUUAUCAACGAUGCCAAAGAAAGGGAUCGCUACACUCGGGGCGAUGUGCUGUCAUUGCUAAGGAAGAAGAGCGAGAGGGUACCGCGAGUCGAGAAUGGCUUGGGGGACCGCAAAUCAUCCGACACAGAGAUGAAGGAUGCGCCUGCAAUUGCGAUCAAAGCAGAGAUGAAAGACGCGCCUGCAAUCGCGAUCAAAUCAGAGAUGCCAUCAAGAGGCCUAGCACCGCCACCUCAGUCCAUCGGCGGAUUCAAUGCGAAGGGGGAGAACAUUCCACAGCCAGUGAGAGGUCAAGGCCCUCCUCAGAUCGGAGAUUCAAAGAAGAGGCCGCUUGAAGGAGAUGACAACCAGUCUCCGGCACCGAAGCGCCCAAAUCACUCUUCAGCGAGUAACCGUCCAAUCCCAACUGGUCCCAAAGCAGCAAUAGUACCGCCCGCACCAACCAGGCCUAAGCCGCCGCCGAAACCUGUGGACCCGUCGGCCAUGGAGGUGUUGGGGCUUGCGCCUCCUUCAAGACCCCCGCCACCUCCGGCAAACCCGGCGCAAUCAUCGAGGCCGCCGGCACCGACGGCGGGACCGUCGAACGCACCACCUCGAGGCCCAAGGCCACCAAAGAAGAAGAAGGACCCUUUUAUUCAGCGGAAGCCGAAGAGGCCUUGA